AUGGCGGCACAACCCCCGAGCGGCCAGAAGCCGAAGGUUCAGCCGUGCCGAUACAAGACCGGAAAGACACUAGGCGCUGGUUCAUACUCUGUCGUAAAAGAAUGUGUGCACAUUGAUACCGGUCGCUACUAUGCGGCGAAGGUCAUCAAUAAGCGCCUCAUGUCCGGGCGGGAGCAUAUGGUCCGGAAUGAGAUUGCCGUAUUGAAGAAGGUGUCCCUAGGCCACCAGAAUAUCCUCACGCUGGUCGACUACUUUGAGACUAUGAACAACUUAUAUCUUGUCACCGAUCUCGCCCUAGGCGGGGAACUCUUUGACCGCAUUUGUCGCAAAGGCAGCUAUUAUGAAUCCGACGCUGCAGACCUUAUGCGCGCAGUGCUCUCUGCCGUGGCCUAUCUACAUGAUCAUGGGAUCGUGCACCGUGAUCUAAAGCCGGAGAACCUACUUUUCCGCACCCCAGAAGACAACGCGGAUCUGUUAAUUGCCGAUUUCGGAUUAUCGAGGAUCAUGGACGAGGAGCAGUUCCACGUCCUGACUACGACCUGCGGAACGCCGGGCGACAUCUGGGCCAUCGGUGUGAUCACCUACUUCCUGCUAUGCGGAUACACUCCCUUCGACCGGGACUCCAAUCUCGAAGAGAUGCAAGCAAUUCUAGCAGCAGACUACUCCUUCACGCCGGUCGAGUACUGGCGCGGUGUAUCACAGGAAGCGCGCAACUUCAUCAAGAGCUGUCUAACCGUCAACCCACAGUCACGGAUGACAGCCCACGAAGCUCUCCAGCACCCAUGGGUCAACCUACCCUACGACAGCGGCAAGGUGGGCUCGGGUGAAGAUCUGCUGCCAACGGUCAAGAAGAAUUUCAAUGCGCGCCGCACGCUUCACCGUGCUAUUGACACUGUGCGUGCUAUUAACAAGCUCCGCGAGGGCGGUGGCUUCAUGAUGGACGGCGUUAUGAGCGUUGAUCCCAAACCUGAGCGUGUCAAUGGCGAUGAGAUCAUUGAGGAGCAGCAUCAUGCUCCUCCGCCUACAUCGGCCAAUGCCGGUGGGAGUCAGAUGCAGAUUGAUAGUCGUGGUAAUGCGCGUGGGCAGACUGAGGAGCAGAUCAGGGCCCAGGAGCGGAGAGUUAAGGAAAUGGUUGCUGGGUUGUGGAGUCGUACUCCUCGCUAG